AUGCCUCAGACCCUGACCUUCACCAACGACCCGAAAUUCUCUGAUCUCACCGUCGUUUGUGAGAGCGAAUCCUUCCACGUCCACAGGAUCAUCGUCUACGGACAAUCCGAGUACUUUGAUGGAUGUUUUAGCGAGGAGGCAACGAAAGAGCAUGGCGGUACCAUUGAGCUCUUUCUCAAUCGCAAACAAGUUCAAGCUAUGUUGCAGUACAUGUACUCCGGCGUCGUUUCCGGUAGUAUCACGUGCGAGGAAGACUUCAACGAAACCGUCGAAGAGUACCAUGCUGCAGGAAUUUACGAUGUACUGUCUUGGAAGGACAAGCUAGAGACUAAGAUCCGCGAUUACUUCCGCCACGCUUCAACGGCCGACGAGUUCCUGCAACGCACGAAACUCGCAUAUUCGAAUACCCACGGGGACUUUGACUACUUAGUUCGAAAGUGGGCAGCAGAGGUUUGCGUGCCAAGGCUCCAGGAACUGCUCAGCUUCGAGAGUACCAGAGAUGCUCUUAGAGGACUGAUCGGUGAAUUCUAUGAUUUCUGGGAUGACUUAGUCGAUGCGAUACGAGAUGGUGCGCACUACUACAUUCUACCUACAGGAGUCGAUAAGGGCGUGUAUGGCGGCAAGGGACCAACUGGCGUGGAGGUUUACACUGGGUAA